AUGGUCGCGCCCCUAGAGAAUAUAGGAAUCCAGACGGCGAAGUAUUGCAAUGUGGCCGGUCUGGGACUUUUGAUUUUUGACUAUUUCUUAACGCUCGAACCUGAAAUUCGAUGGACAUGGAACAGACGCUGGAACGUCGCUCGUGUUCUUUUUGUAAUCUCACGCUACAUGGCCUUUGUAGCAGCCAGCAUGACUUCUUACGCUAUCCUUGCUACACGAGCGAACGAGAAUGACGACGAAUACAGUGCUCGCCCUUCAGCAGGGCUUCAAAUGGUGAUCGAUAUCCUGAACAGUCAACGUCUUGUCACUGAUUUCACUACAGCAAUUCAUAUCAUCAGUAUUAUAGCUGCUGAAGGUCUUCUGAUCAUUCGUACAUAUGCGUUCUGGAAACAGAGCAAGAAGCUUUUGGCAGUGUUACUGGUCUCGGCAGCAAUUUGCAUUGUGUGCGGUGUGGGUCUCACAGAUAUUGUCGGUGGCCUACUAGCGGUGCCUGUAAACCCUUCAGCUCCCCCCACAAGCAACUGCACUUUUCAAGCGGGUCGCAGCAGUGCCAUUCAAUAUGGCUUUCUCGCGGCCUACGAAAUAUUGCUGUUAUCUUUAAUGGUGUUCAAGAGAUAUAAAGACUACAAAGAUUCUAACAGUCGUCUGGUGAGAGUAGUCUUCCAGGGCGGAGUGUGGUAUCUGACUCCCAUCAUCUUCGUUUCUGUGGUCAAUACAUUACUUACAGUUCUGGUGCCGCAAUCAUAUAACGAGAUGCUGGACUUACCACAACUUGUCCUCCACAGUAUGUUGGCAUCUCGUGUGCUGUUUAGUCUGCGUGAAAGUGACCAGGAUGAAUUGGAUUGGGCGACAUUGCAAAUGUCGACAUUUCGUCCAGCUCAGCAGGACCAAAGGGAUACUUCAUUUGAUUGA